CGGGUGUGGGUCUCUUGAAUCUCUCUAUAAAAGCAGAACCCAACAUCUCUGUGUUGCACACCGAGUUUAACAGAGCUGUCUACAAUGAGCAUCCUUUGGCAUAUCACUUGUCUGCUACUGCUGCAUUCCUGCACCCCAGGUUUCUGCAUGAAUGAUGGCAUUGUUGGCGGUAGGGUCUCUAUUCCCCACAGUCGACCCUACAUGGUCUACAUUCGUGACAAGAAAAUAAAACAAACAUGUGGUGGUUUUUUGGUAAGAGAGGAUUAUGUGAUGACAGCUGCCCACUGUAAACCAAAGUUUAAUCAUCUUGAGGUAUUCGUGGGGGUCCAUGACACCAACUUUUUACCUGACGGUAUAGAGGUAGAUCCCAUUCCACAUCCAAAAUUCAGUAUGGAGAGUGCAGGUCAUGACAUCAUGCUUCUAAAGCUCAAAACCCCAGUAUCUUUGAGCAAAUUUGUGAGAACUAUCACUUUUCCAAAUCCUGAGAAUGAAAAAAUCUCAAGUAACUGCCUGGUCAUGGGUUGGGGCUGGAAGAAAUUUCGUGAAGAGUCUCCAUCAAAUGUGCUCAAAGAAGCAAACGUGACUCUGACAGACUCUGAAAACUGUGGCAUGGCUGACACUCUGUGCUCCCAGGGAUCAACUGGACCAGCACUGGGAGACUCUGGGGGUCCACUUGUUUGUGGAGGUGUUGCACAUGGAAUUGUGUCUUUUUCCAGUGCAGACCACCACCUCACAGCCUACACUCAUAUUUCCCACUACCUUUCAUGGAUUCAUGACGAAAUGAAAUCACCUACUCAGCCGCAAUCUAAGACAUGGAAGGGCAAGCUGGAUAAACUCAUUUAGUUUUAUGGUUCAGUGCAAGUUCUGUCAUUUAUAUUUGGUGUCACAUUUUCAGCAAUCAGCAUGUGUGUGACAUUAAAAGUGUGGGUUUAAAAUAAAGGCUCAUGUGUAAUCCUUUCACACA